AUGCGCUCGCCGACGACGCCGAGCUCGAGGCCGAGGCCGAAGCAUCAGGUCACGCUGCACGACUGCGCCAAGGUCGUCACGUCGCGGACGUCGUCGUACUACAACGUCAACCUCGAGGACGUGAUGCGACUUAAGAAGACGAUCGAGGACGUGGACGCGUCGAAAGAUGACGUCGUGCACGCGCUGCGACAGCUCGCGUCGAUGAUGAUGAGCACAGAUCUGCUCGCGAAGAGCCUCGUCGGGAAGAGCGUGAAACGCAUCUCGCGGAAGCACGGCGACGGCGAGGUGCGCGCCGCCGCGAAGGCGAUCGCGGAGAAGUGGUCCUCGGAGGUCGUGGGGGCGUACAAUCGCGAGAUGAACGCCGCGAGGAAGCGGAUCGGCUUCGUCAAGGCGAGGCGGUGA